UCCAAUAUUUGAGAGUAUUUGACACUACCCACUGUUUGAAUCGUGCAGCUCACUUUGACGUCUCCAUUCACUACCCUUUCUCUCUCUUGGCAAGAUUCUCCCUAAUUUACUCUGCUUCCACCAACCCUACGGUGCCCUUCUCUUUCAAUCGGUCAGAAAUGUCACUCUAAAAUAGUUUUUGGGAGCCUCCUGCAUGAUUAUCCUAACUCGAUGGAAGCCUUGAAGCUGUCUUGAGAUUGUUUUUCUAUUCGGCCGUCGCCCGUUCCAUCUUCUUCUCGAACUCGUCCUAGGGUUGUAUCUUGCAGUCUGAAAGCUGGGUGAAGUUAAUGUAUUUACUGAAUGGAUGCCUAUAACGUUAAUGCAUUAGACAAAAAUCAUUUUGUUCUACUCAACAAUCUUGAUCGAACCAAGAUAACCUGGCAUAUACUCAUCAAAGUAGAUCAGAUGUAUGCUUGUGUUGGCCAAGAAGUCUAUGAGCUCGAUCUUGGUUAUCCGAAUCGAGACAUGAUGAAUUGUCUUUUAAAAGGAGAUUCUGCUGUGGAUGCUUGGACAACAUAUCAGUCAUAUAAGUAUGCUGUUAUUUUUAAACUGCCUGGCAGAGAUUUCCUUCAGGAGUUCAAAAAUGUUGCCAAAGUCCGCUGGUACACCAACCCUGGACAUGCUGACCUUGCUGGCAGCAGCUUAUAA